AAACUGGGCAGCCUGUCACGAGACCUGGAGCCUACACAGCCCGUAGUUGGCGAAAGCGGAGAAUACGUGAGUGCACAGAGAAAAUCGGAACCGGAAGCGGAUCCUCUUCGGCUACGCGGAAUUCGUGCGGAUCUAGUACGAGUCUAAGAUGAAGAUUCUGCUCCUCGUCGCAUCGGUGGUCGCCGUUUCCUACGGCCACAGUCCUGUCCUGCUAUGGCCAGCGGAAGAGUUCAAAAUCCCUGAAACACACUCCGUGCUCGACAUGAUGGACGUAGAGGAUUUCCAGAAGCUAUUCGAAGGGAAAAAAAUUGUUGUCUUCCACAAGAGAACAUUCAAUUUAGAAGAAGUGUCUUACCCGAAGAAGCCAUUGACCUACCUCCGGAAUGUGGAUGCCAUCGCACUUCAAGGCGUCAAGUCGAUUCACAGAUUUGUUGGAGGAUUGACAUCAUCGGACAAUCUCAAAUUUGUGCGACUGUCUGACGGGGAUGUGGAUGAACAACAAGAAGAAAUCGAGAAAGCUAUGAAGGCGAAUCCAGGCUUCGCGGCUGUUCUCGUUGGCUCAGGCUCUCAUCGCAGUCGCCGUCAAGCUGAGUCCGACACUUUCGCAUGCAGAACCGACAACGAUGCAAUCUGUAUGGCCUACGUUGGAGCCAUCAAGAUAAAAGCCGAGAAAGAAACCGAGGGAAAGUGUUCGAUCAUCUGCAAUGAAAACGACACGAUCGUCACCAUCGAGGGGGAGGCGACUGCAAUCAAGCUCAGUGUCUCUGUGGAUGCGAACAAAGACGGCUACUCUCUGAAUGUCGACAACAAAGCAUAUCGAGUCGAUUCUGACACGACUUGGGCACCUAUGGACUUCUCUUAUUCGUGUGGUUCGCUCGUACUCGCUCCCAAGCCUAGGAAGAAGGGACCCAUCAUAACACUGAAGAAAUUCCAAGUGUAUCCCAGGAGCGUCAAAGACAAAGACGGAAAACCAACGGGGAUCUUCCCUGAUUCAUAUGAUUGCGCCACGUGGUUCACCCCCGCUCUCUGGAUGGGUACCUCAGUGGCUCUAUUUUAUAUUUUCCUCCUGUUCGGUGCCGUGAUAUUCCUGCUCGACGUGAAAACGAACGACCGUUUCGAUGACCCGAAAGGAAAAACGAUCACCGUUAAUGUAGCUGAGUAAUAUAUGAGUUGAGAGAUUGGUAGAUUUCCAAAGUUAAAGGAAUGUAUGACAGCUGCUCUGCUUGACUGGGAAUAAUCGGAUUUCGAGCGGGUUUCUAGUUCUUUUUUUUUGCCGCUCAGUGUCCCGAUCAGAAUAAAUCCAGAUUU